GAAGCCCUCAAACUAACAGUUUGAAGAAAGGUUUGGCGACGGUGGUGCUUAUGGAGAGAGACGGCUGGGGCUUGGAGUAGCACCACUGAAGUGCACCAGUCGUUCCUUUCAAUUUCCGAAUUAUUUCCCGUGGCUCUGGUGAAUAACAAUUAUAGCAUGCAAUGACUUUGCACUCGUGGAUACAUCAUCCGCUUUAGAUUAUUUGCUUGGUUUAUUAUUUUUUUCGUUUUAGGUGAAUGGCGAGGAUACUUGAGGUACAAUCGAGAGUGAGUGGUUUUGACAAUAUGUGUUGCUGCAAUAUGGUAUGCAACCUAAAGGUUUAUGGAAUAUAGCCAGAUUUCCCACAAUCUGUAUGCGUUCUCAUUCAGCCCGGUAAAAAAUAAAUUAUUUCUGCUCGGCAUCAUGUUUUUACUCUGGGUAUAUAUGCUCUACUCCUGCGUGGGCUACUGCGCCCCCAUGCCAAGUUUGGUCGUGGACAAUAACCGGGGAAAGGAGACUGGGACGGUGUCCGUGGUCGGUAAAAGGACCGAGAAUAACGGUAGAGCGGACCUCAUGUCCAGACUACUCCCUAUCCCACCCUGGGUGGAUAUAGAAUCCGAUUACGACGAACCAUCCGUCCGGACCUCCUCCAGAGACCUGCUCAAUAAAGAGAUAGACGCGUACAGAGGAGUUGAGGACUGGGGUGAGAUGAGGGGUGAGGGGCAGAGAGCUCCUGAACCCGGUGCGAUGUCAAGUUUCUCCAACGACUUGGGGAGCAAGAAACUGCCGCAGGCGAUCAUCAUCGGGGUAAAGAAAGGAGGGACGCGCGCGCUGCUCGAGUUCCUCCGCGUGCAUCCAGACAUCAGAGCUGUGGGAGCCGAGCCGCACUUCUUCGACCGUAACUACGAGAACGGACUGGAGUGGUACAGGGAGCUGAUGCCCAAGACCCUGGAGGGCCAGAUCACCAUGGAGAAGACCCCCAGCUACUUUGUGACCAGAGAAGCCGCGGCCCGGAUCUCCGCCAUGUCCCGGGACACCAAGCUGAUCGUGGUGGUGAGGGACCCCAUUACCAGGGCUAUCUCUGACUACACACAGACACUGUCCAAGAACCCAGACAUUCCCACAUUCGAGAGCCUGGCCUUCAAAAACAGGACUACGGGGCUCAUCGACACAUCCUGGAGCGCCAUCCAGAUCGGCAUCUAUGCCAAGCACCUGGACAACUGGCUACAGUACUUCCCCAUGGGCCAGAUUCUGUUCGUGAGCGGGGAGCGUCUGAUCAGCGACCCGGCCGGAGAGCUGGGCAGGGUGCAGGACUUCCUGGGACUCAAGAGGAUCAUCACAGACAAACACUUCUACUUCAACCAGACCAAGGGCUUCCCCUGCCUCAAGAAGGCUGAGGGCAGCAGCAAGCCCCACUGCCUGGGCAAAACCAAAGGGCGGACCCACCCCAACAUCCACCCAGAGGUGGUGCAGAGGCUACGGGACUUCUACAGGCCUUUCAACAUGAAGUUCUACCAGAUGACGGGACAUAACUUUGGUUGGGAUUGAUGGAUGUGAAUUUGGGAGAACACAUUGUUUAUUUUAUUUUCUGUAAUUCAAUGAAUGGCAAAUAAGACAUGGGAGAUGUUGCUAUAUAUAUAUAUAUAUAUAUAUAUA